AUGCUCGCACACUUCACCACCACCACCCGCCGUACUUUCGCCUACUUUCCCGCCCACCAACAACGCAAACUCAUCAUGCGCUCGCUCUCACCCUCUGCCGGAGCUGCCUCCGCCUCUACCCGCGCUCUCUCCACGCGCACCCAGAAGGUGCUCGCUGCCCUAGACCUCCCCACUGACCCGUCUACCGUACUCCCCGGUGUCUUUGACGGCGAGUGGAAGGGCUCUGGCGAAGAGCUCGUGUCUAGGUGCCCCGCUACUGGUGAAGUCCUCGCCAGGAUCCAAGGUGCAAGCGUAGAAGAGACCCAGGCCGCUAUCAAGGCCUCCAAAGCCGCCUUCCUCAAGAUCCGCUCCCUCCCAGCACCCAAGCGCGGUGAUAUCAUCCGCGAUAUCCGCGCGGCCCUCGACUCCAAGGUCAAUGAGCUCGGCGACUUGGUGUCUUUGGAGAUGGGCAAGAUUAGGAGUGAGGGUAAGGGAGAGGUGCAGGAGUUUAUUGAUAUCUGCGAUUUGGCCACUGGUUUGUCGAGGAGUUUGAAGGGGAAUGUGUUGCCUAGUGAGAGGCCAGAGCAUGUCAUCUAUGAGAUCCCCAACCCCCUUGGUGUCGUUGGUAUUUUGUCUGCUUUCAACUUUCCCGUGGCCGUCUACGGAUGGAACCUGUCUAUCGCGCUCGCCACAGGAAACUCUACCAUCUGGAAGCCCGCCCCCUCCACCCCCCUCAUCUCCAUCGCCCUCACCAAGCUCCUCGCACCCGUCUUUGCCAAAUACGACCUCCCCGGAUCUGUCGCCGCUCUCGUCUGCGGUGGUGUUGAUGUCGGCAAGACUAUCGUCGGCAGCGAGGACAUUCCACUUGUGAGCUUUACUGGAAGUGAAAAGAUCGGCAAGGAAGUUGGCAAGGUCGUCAGCGACAGGUUUGGAAAGUCCAUCCUCGAGCUUGGUGGCAACAACGCUGUGGUUGUCGACAAAGACGCCGACCUCGCCCUCGCCCUCCAAUCCGUCCUCUUCGCCGCCGUCGGUACCGCCGGCCAACGAUGCACCUCCACCCGCCGCCUCCUCCUCCACAAAGACAUCUCCGCCGAGUUCCUCUCCAAGUUCCUCCCUGUCUAUGACGCUGCGGCCCCCGCUUCGCACUUGCAGGUCGGCCACCCGCUCGACGAGGGGGUGUUGAUCGGCCCGCUGCAUAAUGAAGCCGCUGUGAAGAGGUAUGAAGAUACGAUUGAGGCUGUUACUUCCAGGGGCGGUGAGAUCUUGACGAAACGUUCCGGCCGGAUCCCUUCCUCUUCUAUCAACAACGACGAGCUCUCUGGCGGACACUACGUCUACCCCACCGUCAUCAAACCCUCCAAAAACGACCCCUGCUGGGCCGAAGAAGUCUUCGCGCCCAUCCUCUACGUCACUGAAUUCUCAUCCCUCUCAGAAGCUAUCGAGCUCAACAAUUCGGUACCGCAGGGACUGUCGUCGGCGCUGUUUACGACAGAUUUGAAGAGUAUGGGACGGUGGUUGGGGCCGGAGGGGAGUGAUUGUGGGAUUGUGAAUGUUAAUGUGGGGACUAGUGGGGCGGAGAUUGGGGCGGGCUUUGGGGGGAACAAGUCUACCGGAUGGGGCAGGGAAUCCGGAGGUGAUGCGUGGAAGCAGUAUGUCAGGUGGUCGGCUGCGACGGUCAACUAUUCUAGCAAGGUGGCGCUCGCGCAGGGUGUGAGCUUUGGGGUGAGCGCGUAA